CGGGCCUGGCGCGGGGUUCCGGGCCGGCCGUGGGGUUCCGGGUCGGCCGGGAGCGGGGCCGCUGCUGCCGGGGCCGGGAGCGACUCCGAGACGCCGCCGCCAUGAACCGCUUCUUCGGCAAGGCGAAGCCGAAGGAGCCCCCGCCCAGCCUCACCGACUGCAUCGGGAAGGUGGAUAGCAGAGCUGAGUCAAUUGACAAGAAAAUUGCUAGGCUUGAUGCAGAACUAGUGAAGUAUAAGGAUCAAAUGAAGAAAAUGAGAGAGGGACCUGCAAAGAAUACAGUAAAGCAGAAAGCAUUAAGAGUGUUAAAGCAGAAGCGAAUGUAUGAACAACAGAGGGAUAAUCUGUCGCAGCAGUCUUUUAAUAUGGAACAAGCUAAUUACACUAUUCAGGCACUGAAGGAUACAAAGACAACGGUGGAUGCAAUGAAACUAGGGGUGAAAGAAAUGAAGAAAGCUUACAAGCAAGUCAAGAUUGAUCAAAUUGAGGACAUACAAGAUCAAUUGGAAGAUAUGAUGGAAGAAGCCAAUGAAGUCCAGGAGGCGCUGAGUCGUAGCUAUGGAACACCAGACAUUGAUGAAGAUGAUUUGGAAGCAGAACUGGAUGCGUUAGGUGAUGAGCUUUUAGCUGAUGAAGACAAUUCCUACUUAGAUGAAGCCGCAUCCGCUCCAGCAAUCCCAGAGGUCACUCCUACAGACACAAAAAACAAAGAUGGUGUAUUGGUGGAUGAAUUUGGGUUGCCAAAGAUCCCUGCAACAUAAAUGUUUCAAAAGCACAAUGCGUACAAUGGAACUAUACUUUUCAAAUUGUAUUAAGAAUCUUUUUUAUUUUAAAAUUCUGGAGAACUUGUCUUUCCAGUGUAACCUUAAUAUCACUACAUCCUAGAAUGCAAUAUGAGUGGCUGGUGGUGUUCUUUCUUUGGAGAAAGUUGUUUUACUACUGAUUUCUGUUAAUGGAAAAUUCAUCCCAGGUCCUUCAGUGGAAGCAGUCAGUCUGAUAGGUUUUGAUUUCUGUGUCUUAUGGACAAAGUAAUAUGUAAUACUAGUGGUGGUUGUCAAUAGCUGAGGUUUAUUUUGACUUUGUAUUAUGUUUCUCUUUCUUGAAACUAAGACUAUACGUUGCUGCUUACUCUCUGUAAAAUAGGUCCCUUAUUACUACGCCUGUUUGAUAAAAGAAAUGAAAGCAAUUUUUAAACUACUGCAGUCCUGAGACUUUUAUGCGGUUGUACUUGUAACCUUCUUGAAAACUGCUCGGGUUAUCUUUAACUUUAUGUAUUCCAUGGAGCCAUAAAAUCACGUAGAUUAGCAGA